UUAGUGAUAUGCAGCACGUUUUACUUUAUUAUUGUACAUUAUACAUUAAGUCAUGAAUCGUAUUGAGUUUGAAGUUAACGGAGCAAAAUGUUCAGUCGGCGAGGAAGUAAGUUCUACUACAACCCUGCUGGACUACAUUCGUACAACUCUCGAGCUCCGUGGAACCAAGUAUAUGUGCUUGGAAGGAGGAUGCGGGGCUUGUAUUGUUAGUGUCAUUACUCACCCCGGAGAUGACCAACUAGCUGUAACCUCUUGUAUGGUGUCAGUGACAUCAUGUCAUGGUUGGCAAAUAACAACUAUUGAAAAACUUGGAAAUCGCAAGGAUGGUUACCAUCCGCUUCAAAAAGCUCUUGCUAGCCAUAAUGGUACUCAAUGCGGAUAUUGCAGUCCCGGAUUUGUUAUGUCAAUGUACAGUAAACUGAAAAGUAGAAAGAACUUAAAGAUGUUGGAUAUUGAAAGAGAUCUUUCAAGCAAUAUUUGUAGAUGUACAGGAUUCAGACCAAUUUUAGAAGCUUUCAAAAAAUUUGCUAGUGACGCUCCAGAGUCAAAAGAUUUAUUAGAUAUAGAGGAAUUAGAAAUAUGUCAGAAACCUAAUAGAUUUUGUUCUGGUUCCUAUAAUUAUUAUAAUGACUUUUACUUUGUGUCCAAAAAUGAAAUUUAUCAUAACAAUUGGCACAUUAAUUUAAAAGAUGGUAAAACAUGGCAUAAAGCCUUCACAGUCGAUGAUAUAUUAAAUAUUUUAACAUUAUAUGGUCUGGACUCUUAUAUGUUGGUAGCUGGUAAUACUGGCAAAGGUGUUAUACCCAUUGAAGAGUAUCCUAGGAAUUUGAUAGAUAUCUCUGGAGUGAAAGAACUUAAAGGUUAUUUAGUCGACCAGAACUUAGUUAUCGGUGCUGGGCUAACAAUAUCUAAUUUAAUGGAAAUAUUUCAAGAGAUAUCGGAUACUGAAAACUUUGAAUAUCUUAAAGUAGUUAAUGACCACUUGCAAUAUGUUGGUAAUAUAGCUAUUAGAAAUGCA